GCUACCAUCAUGUCUAGAGUCUUGAGCCUCUUCUCGCUACAGAACCGAACGGCUGUCAUCACUGGCGGGACCAGAGGGAUUGGUCAGUCGCUUGCCAUCGCUUUGGCAGAGGCAGGAGCGGACAUCGUUUUAAUACAGCGAGACUCCAGUAAUGUUGCUACCAAAGAACAGAUUGAGAAGCUUGGAAGGAAGGCGACCAUAUAUGAAGCAGAUCUCGCAGACCAUAGUCAGAUUAGUGGGUUGAUCAAGCGCAUCGUCUCAGACGGUCAUGACUUGAGCAUACUAGUCAAUUGUGGUGGUAUACAGAGGCGCCACCCUCCUCAUCAGUUUCCGGAUGGCGAUUGGAACGAGGUGCUUCAAGUUAAUUUGAAUACCGUGUUCACACUGUGCCGCGAUGUAGGAGCCCAUAUGAUGACGAGAGAUGGGCCCCAUCGUGGCUCUAUUAUAAAUGUGAGUAUCCAAAUCGAGGCGCUUCGUGGAGUGCGUGCUGACUUGACACAAGNNAUUGCAUCUUUGGUGUCCUUUCAAGGAGGUCUGAAUGUGCCAGCAUACGCUGCUGCCAAGNGGGGUGUAGCGCAGUUGACGAAAGCCCUGUCAAACUCUUGGGCUGCUCACGGCAUUAACGUCAAUGCUGUAAGUGCACUGGAAGUGCAACACAGUGAUAUACUGAUUCGUAACAGANUUGCUCCAGGAUAUAUCCAUACUGAAAUGAACGAUGCUCUGAUCAAGGACGAAAAGCGUGCAGCAAGUAUCUUGGAACGCAUUCCGGCUGGAAAAUGGGGCUUGCCUGAAGACUUUGCUGGCUCAAUAGUGUAUCUUGCCAGCCGAGCAAGUUUGUACGUGUCUGGGGAAGUCCUGACAGUAGAUGGAGGUUGGAUGGGUCGAUGA